AUGGAUCCACAUAAAGGGCAACAAACGGCUAAACAAGAACAAGUUAGUUUAGGUGCACAAUUAGCUGAAGGAGAACUUAAUUUUGGUGUUGCUCAUAUUUAUGCAAAAACAAUCGCUCGUGUAACAGGUGGAAUAAAAGUACAAGUUGAUCGUGAUCAAGCAUCACCAUAUGCUGCUAUGUUAGCUGUACAAGAUGUUGCUGAACGUUGUCGUGGAUUACGUAUAACUGCAUUACAUGUACGACUUCGUGCAACUGAGCCAACACUUGAUUGUCAUAUUGUUGAUGAAGGGGAGUUAGAAGUACAUUUUGGUUAA